AUGUCGUUUUCCGUUGAAAAAGCGUCCGAAAAGCUCAGUAAUUUGGACCAGACUCAACAGUCGAUCCAAUCCACCUCGCAGUGGUGUCUCUUCCAUUACAGGCAUCAUCGAGAAAUAGUCGCCCUCUGGCUAAAGAACCUGGAGGAGCUAUCCAAGACUAAGCCAGAACGUAGCUUGGUGUGCUUUUAUCUCUGCAAUGAUCUUGUUCAAUUCAGUAAGAAGAAUGAGCACAAAUUCCGUGGUUUUCUAGAAGAAUUUGUCAAAGUACUACCGAAAUCGAUGAAGAUUAUGAGGAGUUGUAUCAAACAAGAGGCCAAAGGAGACGAAGUUAAUGAGGCCAACUUGCUGAAAAGGUAUAUGAGAGUUCUUAAAGUGUGGGAGGAACGAUCUGUGUUUGAUAGGAGAUUCAUAGAGAGAAUGAUGAAGGUUCUGAGUGAUGAUAAUAGAUUAAUUAAUGCUAAUGAGAAGGUUGAGAAGGACCGAAGGUUGGAUGAGAUAGUUGGGGCCGGAACUUCUUCUUCAACUACAGUUCCGGAGGAAAUUUCCGCCCUUGUGAAGAAGUAUACGAGUCUUGAAGAGUUCAAUGAAAAGAAUUUGAAUGAGUUUACCAAGGUUAACACAAUCUACAAUGAGUUAGUUAAGAAUUUCGAGAAUCUACCCGAGCCAGGAAAGCUUAUAGAAAGGCUUAAUGGGCUGAAUAGGAUGAUUAAGAGUCUUCUAGGGACAAUUGAAGAAUCAGAGAAGUUGAGACAGGAGAUAAUUGAGGAAUUUCAUAGGCUUAUCAAUGUUCAGGGUGACUGGGUUGAAUUGGAUAAGGGAAAAUUGGAUAAAUUGAGGGAAAUGAGGGAGGACGUGAGUAAGCAGAAGGUUGAGAUGGAGAAAUUGGUUGAGGGAGGAGAUAAAGAGGAGGUUUCUCCGAUGUAUGAGGAUGAGGAUAUGCCGGGGUAUAGAGGUGAGGACGGGGACCCGGUGGAUUCAGGGGACCCGGUGGACUCGGUGGACUUGGUGGACUCAGAAAACCCGGUGGUCUCAGAAAACCCGGUGGUCUCAGUGGACCCAGUGGACCCAGUGGACCCUAGAAUCACCAAGAAAGUGAAAUUCCAAGAAACCCCAAGUGAACAACCUUUAGGAGGAGAUCUUCUCUCUAUUCUAAAUCAACUUACAUAG